AUGUUGUGCUGGCAGCCUCUGCCUCACCAGCUUGUCACCUUGGACCGGGACAGAGAGACCUCGGCCAAGCUGGCCAAGCUCCCCUGGAGGACAUUGGCACGGCUGGCUGCAAAAGGCCUGCUCUGCCCCACACAGCUCCUGCCAGCACACGUGCUAAUCUUCCUUAACCUGACGUCUCAUACGUGGUUUUGGAAUACAAUUCAGAAUGAUUUCAAGAAUGGGAAUGUUGAUUUAGAGGGCUGCAGGAGGCUGCUUGAAAAAAUGCAAAUAAAAUUUGAUGAAGACCAUUUAAAACAUAUUUUCAAGUUAUCUGCCUAUCCAGUUAUACUGUCUCUGGAGAACCACUGCAGCCCUGAACAGCAGGAAGUAAUGGCAGACUGCUUGAAAAGUAUUCUAGGUGACAAACUUCUCACUACACCAAUUGGUGGUGCAGUAGAUAUGACUGAACUGCCUUCUCCUGAGGCAUUAAAAUUCAAAGUUCUGAUAAAAAAUAAAAAAGUUGGAACAAUUGAGGAAGGUCUGCUCAGGAUGGAUGCUGAAUAUGGUGGUGAGACAGAGGAACUGAAGACUAAACUGAAAAAACUUUCAACCUUAAUCAAGAAGAAAAGAGUGAGAAAGGGAAAGAUUGCCCUUGCAUUGUCAGACCUCGUGGUUUAUACCAAAUCUCAGAAGUUUGUGAGCUUUGAGCAUUCCCUGCAGCAUCAGCAGUGUUAUGAAAAUAAUUCAAUUGGAGAGAGUGCAGCACGAAAACUUUUAAGAUCUUCAGCUAAAGAGUUUAUUUCACAUACUACAAGAUUUAUUACAAGAAUUUACCCCAAGGGAACAAGAAUGAGCUCGUCAAAUUAUAAUCCUCAGGAGUUCUGGAAUGUAGGGUGUCAGAUGGUGGCCUUAAACUUCCAAACACCGGGAACACAAAUGGAAUUGCAAGAUGGAAAAUUCCUGGACAAUGGUGGUUGUGGCUAUGUGCUGAAACCUGUAUUCUUGAGGGAUCGCAAUACCACAUUUACACCCCGAAAUGUGGGAGGAUACAGCAAACCAAUGUCUCUGUCAAUAAGGCUGAUCAGUGGCCAUCAGUUACCACCCAGCAGCAUCUCAAGGACAAACAAAGCUGACCCCAUAGUGCAGAUAGAAAUCUAUGGUGUACCAGAGGACCAAACAAGAAAGAAAUCUAGUAUUGUAAGAAGCAAUGCUUUGAGCCCUAAAUGGAAUGAAACAUUCUCUUUUAACAUCCAAGUUCCAGAACUGGCAAUGAUACGCUUCUGCGUUCAGGAUGAGAUUUCUCUGUGUAACAACGAAUUCCUUGGCCAGUACACUUUACCUGUGAUGAGCCUGAAUACAGGUUACCGUAACAUUCCAUUGAUAUCCAAAGAAGGCAUCAAGCUGGAACCUGCAUCACUCUUUAUUCAUGUUUCAUGUUAUCGAUGA